CUCGAUUUUUUUUCCAGCCAAUCGUCGACGAGCUCCCGCAGCAGCGGCACGCCUCCUCCAGGCGCAAUUCGCCCAGAAAAUAGCGGAUCUUUUUUUAUUCUGCGGAUUCCCGCGUUACGCCCGCUCUCCACCUUCCGCGACUCCGCGUGUGCACGCUUCCAGGGGCCGGCGACAUGCUCCCGAUGCGGAUUGGCAGCCGGCUGUGAGAAGGUUCGAAGCGGACCCGGUGGUAAUGCCUCCCCGCAGCGCUGAACCUGUUCCACCCCGCACACAAAGCCUGUAAAGCAGGCCGUGUUCCUCCCCUCAAACAUGUCGGGGAAUCAGUACAAAGGCAACGACGUCAGCUGCUGCAUCAAAUACUUCAUCUUCGGAUUCAACAUCCUGUUUUGGCUGCUGGGCAUGGCCUUGGUGGGCAUCGGCCUGUGGGCGUGGAGUGAGAAGGGGGUUCUGUCCAACAUCUCGUCCAUCACAGACCUGGGGGGUCUGGACCCAGUGUGGCUCUUCAUGGUGGUCGGGGGGGUCAUGUUCAUUCUGGGCUUUGCGGGAUGCAUCGGAGCCCUGCGGGAAAACACCUUUCUACUCAAGUUUUUUUCCGUGUUUCUGGGGAUUAUCUUUUUCUUGGAGCUGACCACGGGAGUCCUGGCGUUUGUCUUUAAGGACUGGAUUAAAGACCAGCUCAACCUGUUCAUCAACAACAACAUCCGGGCGUACCGGGACGACAUCGAUCUGCAGAACCUCAUCGACUUCACGCAGGAAUACUGGGAUUGCUGCGGUGCGUUUGGAGCAGACGACUGGAACCUGAACAUCUAUUUUAACUGCACCGAUGGGAAUCCUAGUCGAGAAAAGUGCGGCGUUCCCUUCUCCUGCUGCACCAAGGACCCAGCGGAGGAUGUAAUCAACACUCAGUGUGGAUACGACAUUCGAGCUAAACCAGACUCAGAGCAAAAGGACUACAUCAACGUGAAGGGCUGCGUGCCGCAGUUUGAGAAGUGGCUGCAGGACAACCUCACCCUGGUGGCCGGGAUCUUCAUCGGAGUCGCACUCCUGCAGAUCUUUGGGAUUUGUUUGGCCCAAAACCUAGUGAGUGACAUCGAAGCUGUGCAGGCCAGCUGUUUCUUCACCUGAUGCUGAAGCGGCAUUUCAAUUCUAACAGCUCGGGAUCUGGAACACAUCGCCGUAGGACCUUUCAGACGACCUCGCUGAUCUGCUGAACUGCUUCUCUUCACCGAACCAGCACCUUUUCUCUGAGGCACUACUACGUGAACCGCUCUGUAUAUAACACUGUGUGAGUCGUUGGAGAGGAAGGUUAAACAUGCACUACAUGCGAGUCGCUCGGUUUUGAUAGCGACGUGUAGAGAGUAGGAGUUUUGAUACAUCUUUUUGAUAAUAGAUCGGUAUUUUUCACUGUGGAAAUGCCACUCCACUGCUAAACUCAUUAUGUGAUGUAGUGUGUGUGUGUGUUCCAGAACAGUCGGACGAGCUCAUUUUAAAGCUGCUUGCUUUGCAUACCUCCCCUCUGCUCCCUCUCUGCCUCGGGUUGGCCGAGUAAAGAAACUGAAAGGAGUCACGUAUAUGUCACGUUUUUUUCUUUCACAAAAAACACAAAGGGUUUUGGUGGGUUACGGCGCACUCCAUGCACUCAUCACACAGCUUACACUAACUGCUAGUAGUUGUCAUCGGUCAGCCCCAACGGACUGUUUGCAAAAAAACUUUCAUCCCAAAUUGGAAAAGCAAACACAAACACAAAAUUUGUUUUUUUUUGUGUUACUGAAUAUUACGUCUAUGUCCAUAUGAUACAUUUAAUAAGUGAUGUCUGUAUGUUGAAACACUUAUUGGUUUCUAGAAUCAUUACUUCUUUAAAUAGUGCCCAUAUCUAUUUGGAGGGAAAAUAUCUAGUCAUUGUUUAUGAAGCUUUAAAGGGCCAGUGUGUAGGAUCUACCCAAUAUUUCAAGAAAUGGAAUACAGCACUAACUGUUUUCAUGUAUGUAUAAUUACCUAAAAGUAUUGCUGUGUUUUGAUUAGCUCAGAACGAGGUUCGAUAGGCCCCUCCAUGUUUCUACGGUAGCACAGAAAAGACAAACCAACCCUGGAGAGACUUCCACCAGGAGGCCAUCACACUGCGACACACCAUGAAAGAGAAGCUACAAUCUGCUACCUCACCGCUAGAGGUCACUACAUCCUACACACUGGACCCUUAACUGUUGCAGUUUGCCUGAAUCGAGUAGCUAGGUCUGUGAAACACAGGCUAUUUUGCCACCGGACUUUGAAAGGGAUUUUGCGUUCAUGAGUUUGGAGAGGAGCCAUGCUGUUUGUAUGAAGAGAGUGGAAAAAAAAUCUGAACUAAUCUUUCAAUUCAUUUUUUAUUUUAGCAUCCGUACCAAAACUUGCAGUAGCACAGGCAACCUGGUCCUACUAUCAUUUUAUAGCCAGUAGGAAGUCAGUCUCUCACUCAGAGUUAACCCCUUAGUUCACCUUUUAAAAUAUUGAAGAUUUGAAAUAACAAUUUUUUUUUAAAAACAUGUUGAAGUUUUGAUCCACGUUUGUAGUUUUAACCCACUUGUCAUGUCAUAUGUUGGUUAUAAGCUUGAUUAGCAGGUGAAGUUUCACUCACUAGGUUCCAUAGCAUGGUGGUUCCAACACAAGCAGCAAGGCAUUCAUCUCGACUUCUUCAUAUUGUGAGAUGAGAAUAGGUUCAGUGUUAUCUUCAACAUUUCUGCCCUUACUUGGACUUGUAAUGAGAUCAAGUGUAACUACCUGUUAUUAUGACGCACAUCCGACCAGUAAACAAUUUGCUCAAAGCAUGCGUCACCCGUUUUGUUUCAUACAGUAUUGUUUUUGAUACUGAAUCUGUCUCGUACAUUUGAUGUAAAAGAGGCUUUACUACUGAAGCUGCUUGUCAGAUGGCGCUGAAGAGAGGCAGACUAGUGUCACUCACCACUUCUACAUACUAAACUAUCACAUGGUAUCUCAAACACUGUCAUGUAACUACCUCCUCUAAUAUCCUCAUCUCAUGUCAUGUUGGAAUUGGACUGAUUUUAAUACCAAUUAAAAUGAAAUAUAUUGACAAGAAAUGUGCAUACUUGAGUUGUUUAACAUUUUGUUUUUCCAUCCACUGGUUUGUUUCACUUCACACGUGUCAUGCGGCGUCUUAGGGGUCCGUCGCUGCUGACGAUACAGCUGCCACCAUUUAAUUGAAAUAUAAACUACAGCCGAAAUUUGUACAGUGUGAAGGUUGGCCACCUGGGGGGAAUAAAUGUUCAAAUUCUGUCUGUUCCCAUGUAUGCAGUAGUGCCAUUGUAAAUGUCAGAAUGAUCCGUUCAUCUUUUGUGUCAAGAUUAAAAGACAUUCCUCAAGUGUU